ACUACAUCCUUCAGACUUCUCCAGACAACAGUCCGUAUCUCGACUCGAAAGGAUGCCAUACCAGCUCAAGGGCAGGAACGUGCUGAUCACGGGCGGUUCAAGAGGCCUCGGCGCUGCAAUUGCCCGUGUCUUUGCUGCGGAGGGCGCCAAUGUCAUCAUCAACUACGCUUCGCAGGCCGCGCCAGCAGAGGCGUUGGCAGAGGCGUUGGUGAGUGAGUUCGGCGUUCGAGCGCAAGCUGUUCAAGCGGACGUCGGUGUUGCCAGCGAAUGCGCCCGUUGCGUCCAACAGACAAUCGAUGCUCUCGGUGGAAUAGACAUCAUAAUCGGAAACGCGGGUUAUACCAAAUUCGCUCUCUUCGAAGACCUCGACGCGUUGAGCGAAGAUGACUGGGAUAAGUGCUGGGCUGUCAACGUAAAAGGAAAGCUGGCCUUACUGCGUGCUGCGUUGCCAACGUUCCGUGCCAACCCUGAGGGCGGCGUUUUCCUCAUCACAUCAUCAGUAGCGGGCGUCUCUCAAGCUGGUAGUUCAAUGGCGUAUUCUGUCACGAAAGCAGCGCAGCUCCAUUUGAUGAAGUGUCUAGCCUCUUCUCAAGGAGAAAAGGUCCGCAUCAAUGCCGUACUACCGGGCCUGCUAUUAACAGAAUGGGGCAACAAAUACGGCGAAGAGCGCAUCCAAUCUUUGAAGGAACGCUCAGUUCUGAAAAAGGAAACCGACCUCCAAGAUUGUGCGAAUGCCUUUGUGAUGCUGGCAAAGAAUACGUCCAUCACAGGACAAAAAAUCCAAGUUGAUGCUGGUCUGUAUGUGGCAGCGCCAUAAGAAGCACCAUGGCCAUGACAUGGCGCCAGUCGGGAACUAUGUGAUGGGUGGUAGAGCGCAAUGAACCGUCGUGACACGUGGCUUGAACGGUAUUUAGGAAAGCAUGGCCAUUUAGCAUCCGUUUGGUG